ACGCAGUCCACCCACUACCACCAGUUACUCCUAAGGUGGUAACUGUGUUAAGAGUUGACAAAAUAAGUAUUGCAGUAAACUGGUAUUUUCAGGAUUGUAAAUUCCGUUGCAAACGGACGCUUGGGGCGGGGGUGGGGUAACAGUUGUGUAAACAUUUUUUUUGUGACAUCCGCACUGAACGUCGUCUGCUACCAAUGAACGGCGUCAAAGGGGCUCGCCUCAACAUAGGCCAAUGAUUUCCAGCUCAGCGAUUCUCAAAGGGACCGGUUUUGUCCAGUGCAUCAGACCACUACACUCCACGAUCAUUGUCAACAUGCCUAUCAAGGUUGGGGAUAAGCUUCCUGCGGUGGAGGUUCAGGAGAAUGAGCCAGGCAAUAAGGUGUCUAUGGACCAACUCUUCAAGGGGAAGAAGGGAGUUCUCUUUGCUGUGCCAGGGGCCUUCACUCCUGGGUGUUCCAAGACUCACCUUCCAGGCUUUGUGGCACAGGCAGCAGAGCUGAAGAGCAAGGGUGUACAGGAGGUCGCCUGCGUCUCCGUUAACGACGCAUUCGUUAUGGCUGCCUGGGGAAAGGAACAUGGAGCAGAAGGCAAGGUGCGAAUGCUAGCUGAUUCUACUGGAGAAUUCACCAAGGCAGUGGACCUAUUGCUAGACAACGAUCAGAUUGUGGCUGCGCUUGGAAACAAGCGCUCCCAGAGGUACGCUAUGGUGGUGGAGGAUGGAGUUGUGAAGAAGAUCAACGUGGAGCCUGACGGCACCGGCCUCAGCUGCAGCCUGGCUUCCAGCAUGCUCUCUGAGCUGGUGUAGGCCGGUUGGGACCAGAGCACUCCAACCACAGAAGUCUAACUUGAUUUACUACACACAUUCUAGUUUACCUGAUCCUUCUUUUCACGUCUGUGCAACCAUGAUCUUAGGCAGCGGCAGGAAAAAGAUGUGGUUUUAAUGUACAGCCAUUGUAUGCUUCGUAAACUGGAGUACAAAACCGAUAAAAAAUAGAUGUGCUCAAGACUGCAAAGAGGUGUGCUGGUUUAUUCCACCGGCUUUAUGGAUGAUGGCAGGGCAGUCCUACUUGAUGUCAUUACUGGCUGCUCAGGGAGAUUGGGAUAAUUUUUAGACAGAGGCAAGAGAGAAGCUGAAUUUAAACGCACAAUUAAGCUGAAUGGCACUUAAAUCCUUUCUGUAUACUUUCAAAUCUGUUACCUAAUAAAAUUUCCUGCAAGAGCAAUAA